AUGUCCACAGUCUCCUGGUGCGCACACGGCAGGUUCGCCCAGAAGCUCCUUAAUGAUCUCUUUGACAACUACACCAGCGCUCUAAGGCCGGUAGAGGACACAGAUGCCAUCCUGAACGUCACCCUGCAGGUCACACUCUCGCAAAUCAUCGACAUGGAUGAACGAAACCAAAUACUGACAGCCUAUUUGUGGAUACGACGAGUGUGGCUGGAUGCUCAUCUCAAAUGGAGUAAGGAAGACUAUGAUGGACUCGAUACCAUCCGUAUACCUAGCAGUUAUGUAUGGAAACCCGAUAUAGUCCUAUAUAACAAUGCCGACGAUCACUUCACAGGCCCCAUGGACACCAACGUGGUAAUCAGCCAUGAUGGCCAGAUCAUGUGGGACUCGCCGGCAAUUACCAAAAGCUCUUGCAAGGUGGAUGUGUCCUUCUUUCCCUUUGAUGCACAGCAAUGCAGGUUCACCUAUGGCUCAUGGACCUACAAUGGCAACCAGCUGGAUAUCCUUAACGCCAUGGAGAGUGCCGAUCUGGCAGACCUGGUGGACAAUGUGGAGUGGGAAGUCCUUGGCAUGCCGGCCACCAGGAAUGUCAUAUUGUACGGCUGCUGCGCUGAUCCUUACCCUGAUGUCACGUACACCUUGAAACUCAAGAGGAGGGCGUCUUUCUAUGUCUUCAACCUGCUGAUACCGUGUGUGAUGAUCUCGUUUCUAGCUCCACUGGGCUUCUACCUGCCUGCCGACUCUGGAGAGAAAGUGUCUUUGGGUGUCACCGUUAUGCUGGCGUUGACUGUCUUUCAAUUGUUGGUUGCGGAGAUCAUGCCACCCUCGGAGAAUGUACCACUGAUUGGCAAGUACUACAUAGCCACCAUGACCAUGAUUACUGCCUCCACUGCCUUGACCAUUUUCAUCAUGAAUAUUCACCACUGCGGCCCAGAUGCCAAGCCUGUACCCAAGUGGGCCAAGAAAGUCAUCUUGCAGUACAUGGCGAGAAUGUGCUUUGUUUACGAGGUCGGGGAGAACUGCAUGUCUCCACAGUCGGAGAAAAGGGAACCAUCAAUGGUGAGGAACCGCAACAUGAACGGCCUGGCGGGUGCCCGCGGAGCAGAUCGGAACUUAGGGAUAGAGGGAUAUAGCUCCGUGACCACAGAGGAAAGACAAGACUCGGACCCUAACAACUGCUACGAUUCCUGGAAAAAUGGAACCUUCGUCGACAUGGACUAUGACGACUUGUGUGACGCCAAGAGAUGUCGGAAAGGUGGCGUGAGUGACGGGGAGCGGUCACACGGGGCCCCCUGCAAUGAGAAGCUUCUGAUUUUGCCUAACGUGGAAUACAUCGCCAACUGCUACAGGGAGCAAAAGGCCACUCAGAAGAGAACCGGCGAGUGGAAGAAGGUGGCCAAGGUGCUGGAUCGCUUCUUCAUGUGGUUGUUCUUUAUCAUGGUCUUCUUCAUGAGUCUUCUUAUCAUGGGCAAAGCCAUCUGA